AUGGCUGACAAAGAAGCUACUUUAAGAGAAUUAGGUAAAAAAGCCUUGGCAGAAACUGAGAAAUUAGCCUCAAUAUAAAGAUUUGGAUUGUUUUCUUCCCCUGUUCCACUUGGGAUGGGUGAUAAUAGUUAUGAUAACAAACCAAGACCCCCCAGAAAUGAUUAAGGGAAACCGAUUACUUCUCCCUCAAACAUUAAAAUAACUGCUCCUAAACAGGGGAAAAUAAAGUCGUCAUAUUUUAGUCUGCUAGGGUUCACAACGAUAGGUGAUAAAUAUCUAGAUCCAGAAAGAAGGAUCAGAAUUCAAGAGUUAGAAGAAAAAAGGAAAUAUUCUUCAGACGACAAAAAGAAUUUCAUCCCUCCUUCAGGAUAUAAAGAGGUGAUAGGUAGCUCAUAUCGUCAUAUGGCUGAUUAUGAAAUACCAAAAGGACCAAACAAUCAUAAGGGACCUGAUAACAGGGUACACAUCGGACCAAAAAACAUAACAACUAAUCCUUCAAGCAAGGCCUUAGAUCAAUUUCCAAAGCAUGAGAAGGAUGAAUACAAUAGAUAUCAAUAAUUUGAGAGAGAGAGAAUAUUUAAUGAAUAGAAACUAUUAAAAGAUAAGUAACCCUUUAAAAGCACAAUUGUUACUACUGAUAAUUUUAGCUCUGAUAAGUAGGUUUAUGGAGAAACAAACCUUCCCAAACCAACUUAAGUCAAGGAAUUUCAACCCAUUAUUAUGAAGCACGAAGCUCCAUUCAAACCAUCUAACCCUACUAAAAGCGGAGAAACUGGCUGUUUAGGCAAGUAUCCAGAGUAUAAAGGUGAUCCUCUUAAACCAACAUAAAGAAGAGAUUUCGUGAAAGGUAAAGAACCAUUUAAACCUAAUCACCUUAUGGAUAUAGUGAGACCUACUCCAAGUAUCUCCUGUUUCCCUUAUAAUCUUAAAAGAGAACUUAAUAACCGUGUGUUUUGA